AUGUUGCCAUAUUCUACUGUAGAAAGUAAUGCUUUUAAAAGGCUAAACUUUGCAGAUCCAGCUAAACCAAGCAAAUACAAAUUUAAAUCUGAAAACUAUUUUCGCACAACUUUAAUGCCUCCAACUUAUGAUAAAGUAAAAGCAAAAGUUAAUGAUUUGAUUUGUCAAGCUGAAUGGAUCAGUUUUACUACAGAUAUUUGGUCAAAUCCAGCAAAAACUUGUUCAUUAUUAAGUUUCACAGCACAUUUUAUUCUAGGACCUCAAAGAUUAAAAGUGAUUUUGGGUGCUAGUGUUUUAGAAGAAGAUCAUACUGGUUACUAUAUUUCUCAAAAGCUUAUUGAAUUGGUGGAGAGCUACAAUAUUAGGAACAAAAUCCAUAUAGCAAUAAGAGACAAUGCUGCUAACAUGAAUUGCGUCACACGUAUUGCAGAAUUUUCUGCAUUGGGAUGUGUGGCUCAUACCCUGCAGUUAAUAAUACAAGAUGCUAUUUUUUUCCAAGAAGAUGUGGAAAUACUCAUACGAAAAUGUAGAAAGAUUGUGGGACAUUUCAAACGCAGUGAACAAGCAUCUAGAUAUUUGUCCAAAUGUCAAGAGACCACGGGUAUUUCACAGCAUUCGUUAAAACAAGAUAUCGAAACUAGAUGGAACAGCACAUUCCUUAUGUUAGAACGUCUCGUUGAACAAAAAAAUGCCAUCAAACUUUAUAGUAUCGAACGCGGAAAAAUAGAAACUCUUAAUAACGCGGAAUGGGAAUUAUGCAUGAAUAUUGUAAACAUAUUGCAAAGUUUUUAUGAGGCAACUUUAGAUGUAUCUAGCGAUGACGCUUGUGUUUCUUUGAUUAUUCCUAUACAGG